AUGAGACGGGAUUUUGGGGGAACGAGUUAUCCACCGGUGCACCAUGGUUGCACCAUUGAUCAGUUUACACUUAUGAAACCUUCGUCUUUUGAGGGUGGCACUGAUCCAAUUAAGGUUGAGAUUUGGAUGCAAGAAAUGGAGAAAAUUCUUGUUGUGUUGAAUUAUACCGAGGAGCAGAAGGUCCUCUUCGCCAUUUUCAAACUGGCUGGAGAAGCUGAACGGUGGUGGCAUGCAAUGAAAUUAUUAGAAGUACAGCGGGUGGUUUGGGUUUCCAAACACUACAUGCAUGGGUUGAAGAUCCCAGCAGGUGUUUCUCUUGAAACUCAGCAUGCGGCGAAGCUCAUUGAGCUGUCAUGCUUUGCACCCUACGUCGUUCCAGAUGAGUUUAAAAAGGAAAGGAUGUUUAAGAGGGGCUUGAGGCAAGAAAUAUAUAAACAGGUGACAGUUCUAAAGAUGCAAGACUUCUCCGAAUUGGUUGACAGGGCCACAGUGGAAGAGGAGGGCGAACAGAGAGAUGUGGGAGCACCGAGUUAG